UUAGGAAUUUUGUUAGAAAAUUUACAUUUGUGGAUGUAAAAUUUAGCAAGUAAAAAUGACAACAAAUUAUAAAUAAAUAAAUUGAAACAGCAACAUUCUUAAGCUGACUGAAGCCAAACAGUACAUGCUUUCAAAGAAAGGAAAAAGAGAGAGCAAACUUAUAACCAAAGAAAUCACAGAAUAUUUGCCAAAAAAAUGCAAAAAGAGGCAAUGCCAAAAUAGAUGAGUAACUGUUUCUAGUCCUCCAUAAAGUUUAUGCAAAAAUAAAAUAAUAAAAAAGUAUUUGCUAAAAAUAAAUGAACUCCCGGUCUCCAAUUUUAAGUAUUUUUUAGCUAAUUUUAUUCACUAUAUUUAUGCCAAACAGUAAAGAACAAGAACAGAAUACUGUGCAUAAGUAAAAAAAAUAAAUAAAAAUAAAUGCUAAAAAUAAAAGAACUUCCGGUCUCCAUCUUUAAACUUUUUAACUUGACAUUUUUUUCCUGUGACGUAACGAACUUUGGAGUCCCACAAUGCAAUGCGAACAAGCUCAUCCACACAUGGCAGUUUGUUUCUUUUUUUGCUGAUAUUUAUUGCUGAGAGUAACUAUUUCAAGCGUGUGUCUUUUCUAUUUAACUAAAUGAAAGUUAAAGUUCUUUCAAGAAACCCGGAUGAUUACGUCCGGGAGACCAAACUAGAUAUCCAGCGUGUCCCCAGGAACUAUGACCCCACCCUCCAUCCUUUCGAGGUGCCUCGGGAGUACACUCGGGCCCUGAACGCAACAAAGCUGGAGCGAGUCUUCGCCAAGCCGUUCCUGGCCUCCUUGGACGGUCACAGAGAUGGCGUUAACUGUCUGGCCAAGCACACCAAGAGCCUGUCCACGCUGCUGUCAGGCUCCUGUGAUGGAGAGGUAAAAGUCUGGAAUCUGUCCAAGCGUGAGUGUGUCCGCACGCUGCAGGCACACGAGGGGUUCGUGCGUGGAAUGGUGGUCAGAUUCUGUGGGACUUCCUUCUUUACAGUUGGGGAUGACAAAACGAUAAAGCAGUGGAAAAUGGAAACGCCAGGUUAUGGCGAGGAGGAGGAGCCACUUAACACUAUUUUGGGAAAAACUGUGUUUACAGGGCUGGACCAUCACCAGAAAGAGGGUGUGUUUGCAACGUGCGGCCAGCAGGUGGACAUCUGGGAUGAGCAGAGGAGCAGCCCUAUCCGCUCUUUCACCUGGGGGGUGGACAGCUUCAGCGCCGUCCGCUUCAACCCUGUGGAGACGGAACUUCUUGGAAGCUGUGCUUCUGACAGAAGUAUAGUUCUAUAUGACAUGAGAGAGUCAGCGCCGCUUAAAAAGGUUAUCAUGACAAUGAGGUCCAACACCUUAUGCUGGAACCCAAUGGAAGCCUAUUACUUUACAUGUGCAAAUGAAGAUUAUAAUCUGUACACAUACGACAUGAGGCACCUGGAGAAGCCCCUGAUGGUUCACAUGGACCACGUCUCUGCUGUGCUGGACGUUGACUACUCCCCCACCGGGCAGGAGUUCGUGUCCGCCAGUUUUGACAAGACCGUUCGCAUUUUCCCCAGAGACGCUGGACACAGCAGGGAAGUGUACCACACCAAACGCAUGCAGCAUGUCAUCUGCAUAAAGUGGUCGUCAGACAGCAAAUACAUCCUGAGCGGAUCUGAUGAAAUGAACAUCCGGCUGUGGAAAGCCAAUGCCGCCGAGAAGCUGGGAGUGCUCGCUCCCAGAGAGAAGGAAGCUGCAAACUACAGUCAGAAGCUAAAGGAGAAGUUCCAGAACCAUCCGCAAAUCCGGCGCAUCGCCCGCCACAGACACCUACCCAAGAGCAUCUACCAUCAGACCAAGGAGCUCCGGGUCAUGAAGGACGCUCGCAGACGGAAGGAGAUGAACGUUCGUAAACACAGCAAGCCAGGAGCCGUUCCUGUGGUGUCUGAGAAGGAGAAGCAUGUGGUCACAGUGGUGAAAUAGACCAAGAAGAACCAGAGUGAUGACAACCACACAGGAACUGUUCAGACCUUUCUGUGUGAAGGUCCAACAGAAGUGACUCGUUAAGACAUUUUAAAAUUUCAAAUAAACUUGAAAAGGCGAACCUUCCAGACUGAUGUUGCUUCAGUGUGCUUUUCAGUUUUCAGCGGUUUCCACUGUUGAGAUUUUUCCCUCAUAGAUAUUGUUCUGCAUAAUAUUGUUUGUACAAUUUGCUUUCAGCAAGGUUUUUUUUUUUUUACCAUAUUCUGAACCUAUGAUUAUGUUGUAAAUCCAAGCAAUUAAAAUUGAGCUGUUCUAAUAAACAUA